AUGACUUUUUCCGGCUAUGAGGACCACUCCUCUAUGGAGAUUACGUCCAAUAAUCAUGUCGCAAUCAUUGUUAUUGCCGCAGUAGUUGGGUUGGUAUGGUCGAUAUUGAUGAUUGUAAUGAGAAUAUACUUACGAUUGCGUCUCAUUCCUCCCCUUGGCUUUGACGACGCCGUUGCUGUUUUUGGAACGAUUGUGGGCAUAGUGCAGACCUCAAUAACACUUCACGCUGUGCACAACGGCAUCGGCAAACAGGAAGACUUACUCUCGCCCAAUGACGCUGACACCGUGAUAAAGGGUAUAUACAUUGCCUGGUUGCUUUACCCCAUCGCUGUCUGUUCCUCUAAAGUAUCUUUGGCAUUACUUAUCGCGCGCCUUACAGUGGUCAAGGUGGAGCUUCGUGCAAGUUAUGCCCUCGCCGGAAUGGGCGUUGUCUGGGGGAUUGUUUCUGUCAUUGUGGCAGCGACGCAGUGUAAACUGCCGCAGCCAUGGAACAUUGGGGUCUCUCAUCAAUGCGAUACCAUGUUUGUGCGCUGGACCGUGAUCGAGACGGGAAAUAUGUUGAUUGAGCUGCUAAUUCCCGGCCUCAUCAUUAUGUUGCUUUGGAAUCUUCAGGCGCGAUUCAAGACAAAGCUUAUAGUCCUGUUAGCCUUUUCAGUUCAACUUCUUGUCGCAAUCCCAACAAUAUUCCGAUUAACACUCCUCUACGAAAUGACGACAAGAGACAUUCGUAACGACCGCACUUUCGCAUUGACUAAUGCGGUAGUGCUCACUGAAAUCACGAUGCACUUCUCCCUUAUGGCUGCGACCUUUCCAUGCCUUCGCAAAUUCCUGCAGGCAUUUGAUACCAAUCUAGGCGCAACCACGCAUAUGACUACUAGGCUUGACGUCACAGGCGACACUGGUUCAAAGGGAAGUUACGCGCUUAAGUCCUUAGAACGGCCCUCCCAGGGAACCGGUGGCAGCAUCGAGCAGUGGCCUCGAAUUAACCGCCGACCCGGUCGCAAAUAUCAACCACACACUGUGGCAGCGAUUUCGGCGGGGAAGGACUCGAGUCCUCAGGCACAUGGGGCUGGGGGAGGGGAAAGGGAGCGCACGGGCAACCAUGAUAUAGAAAGUGGGAGUGUAGAAAGCGACAAUAGCCAACUUGCCAUAAUCAGGCGGACGCAAUAUUGGGAGGUAACGAUAGAGUCGGGAGGAAAAUGA